CAGACAUCAUACGAUAUUUUAAAGAAAUUUGAUUCGUUCAAAUUUAUGUUGUGACUGCAUGGAAAAAUAAUUGUUAUAAUAAGAAGAAAAAAGGACGUGCGGAGGGAUGGAUGAAAACAUCCCUAGUUUUCCCUCUUCAGGGGAUUUAAACAUACCGGAUUUAGGCGUGCUCGAUGAUAUUUUAACCCAGUGUGAUAGUGACUUUAUAAAAAGUGACCUGUUCGAAGAUGAUGCCUUACUAUCUCAACUUGAUUUGCCUAUGGAAGAUUUAUCUUUUGAUUUAGGAGGCAUUCCCAAUAGUACAUUCGUAGAUCCACAGGCUUUAACACCUCAGCGAACUCCUCCUUUUAAUACCACUCCAAAUCAAAAUAGCUAUUCAGUUAAGACUCCAAAUCAAAUUUCUUAUGCAGAUAGUGGUCAUCAAGUUUUGCCAUCUCUGCAGAUUAAAAGUGUCUCACCUGCUGUUCAGAAUCCAGCAACUGUUAUAAUUUCUUCUGCCACUGUUCCCGAGAACACUUCACAUGUUGUUUACAGUACUUUACCAGUACACACUAAUCAGCCCAUCAUUUUGCAGCCUCAAAAUCAGAAUGUGGCCAAGCGAAAACAUUCCAAGCAUCAAAACAAGUCUCCAGUAAUUGUACAGAAUAUUGGACAAAUAUCUUCAGAUCAAAUGCAACCAGUGGUGUUACAAGCAAAGCUUAUAACAACAGAAAAUCAAAUUAGCAGACCCACUGUGAUGUACACGACAUCGGGCCCCACUCAACAGCUUCAUACUUUAUUGGGUACUCCUCAACUUUUAACUACUGCUAGCAUACCAGUUAUGCUUGACACUGAGAAUAAAGUGGCAAUUAAUAGAAUACCUCAAGUCAAGGAGGUUAAAGUAAAAGAGGUAAAAAGGAGUGCUCACAAUGCAAUUGAAAGGAAGUAUCGAACUAGUAUUAAUGAUAAAAUUAUUGAAUUAAAAAACAUUGUUGUUGGAGAAGAGGCAAAGUUAAAUAAAUCUGCAAUUUUAAGAAAAACCAUCGAGUAUAUUCGAUUUCUUCAAAACUCAAAUUCACGGUUGAAGCAGGAAAAUAUGGCGCUAAAAAUGGCAGCUACGCAAACAACGCUUAAAGGCAUCCUUACUAAUAAUGUAAAAUAUGGUCCUGAUGAUACUCCUCCGCAUUCUGAUGUAUCUUCUAUGUCUCCGGAACAUUCCCUGCCAUCCAGUCCGGAGUAUUCUACAAAUAUAAAGGAUGAAAGUGAUGAAGAAACAGUACCAAUUGUCAGGGGAAUGCUAGAUCAGUCCCGGUUAACACUUUGUGUGUUUAUGUUGGCAUUUCUGGCAUUCAAUCCUUUUGGGUUCGCACUGAAUAGAAUUUCUAGUGGAAGCAGUAGUAAUGUAUCUGGUGGACGAACCAUGUUGUCAUGGAAUGAACAGAAGACUGUGUCAUUUUCUCCAUUUUCUUUAUUAAUGUGGUUGUUAAAUAUCGCUGUUUUAAGUUUUUGUUUCUUAAAAAUGUUUGUGUAUGGUGAUCCAAUUAUUCCCAGCAAAUCAAAGAAAACUGAAAAAUAUUGGAUUCACAGAAAACAGGCAGACAUUUAUUUACUCGAGGGCAAUAAGUCAGGUGCUAAGCAAGAAUUGCUUCGGUGUCUGCAAGUAUAUGGAAUUGCUCUUCCAACAAGUCGUUUGGAAUUAAUGUUGUGUUUUUGUUGGCAAAUUUUCAGACAAACCAUGCAUAGGCUGUGGAUUGGUAGAUACCUGUCCCAACAUGCCGGUGGAUUUUUUGUAGAUAAAAAAACUAGAUUUGAAAUCCAAACAUCCUGUAAAGAACUUGCCCUAGUUUUCAAUGAUUUACACAAAAUUCAGCUGGUCGAACAAGAGGAAAUGGGCCAUAUUUUUGGUUUAACUACAUCAUUGAAUGCCUUAAAUUUGGCUGAAGCCGCCAAAGGCAGAAUAAAGCCAGUUGAUUUGAUUGAUAUCUACAUUGGUGUUGCAUUAAGACUUAAAGCCAGCCUUCCCGCAUUUUUUUACCUCUUUCAAAGAUACUAUUUGGGAUUGGCAAAAUUGGCCUCUACUUAUUCAUGCGAUUCGAUACCGGUUAGGUUAAAAUGGAUUUUUACUCCAUAUGGGUACAAGUACUUUUUGUCACACAAAUUUGUGCAAGAGUACAAACCAAAAAGCUUACCUUUCACUGUUUUGGGAAAGAUUAUUGAUCCAUUAGUAGUUCAAAUGAAGAUCUACCAUGAACAUCUUUUGGAAAAAGCGCUUUCAGUGCUCCUGGCACCUGGUCAGAAAAGUGAACUAAAACAAGACAAGAAAACUGACCUAAAAGAUGUUCUAAUAUACAUUGACCUUUUAAACGAUAACAUAACCAUAGAUCCUAAAAUGCUGUUUUGCUCGGAAAAUUACUAUGAUUAUCAGGAUCAUGUGGCUCAUUGGUGGGCCAAUUUUAUUGCUGUUGCAUGUUACUGGUUGUUGAAAGAGGAAUCUAAAACUGAGAAAUUGUACUCGAAACUAGAAAUAUUACCAGAUGUUUUAAUUAUGCAAGAUGAUCCAUUGCCAAAAUCCAUAUUAGCUGCCUACGUUGCCAGACGAAAUUAUUUAACGGCAAGCGGAAAAAUCCCAAAAACGGAGAUUCAGUUUCAGUGCAAUUCCGCUAGCCAUUUGCUUGCGGAUAGCUUAACAUAUACUAGUUGCAAAAGGACAGAUUCUUUAAUCCUGUUGUCGCAGUUGCUUGUUUGCGAUUGGCUACUAGAGACAAGAACUUCUCUAUGGGAAGACACCUUGGACGAGAGUUCGAAACCACCAGCGUCCAGCAAUUGUCUAACAGCUUUCAACAGGGAUCUGACAUCGCUGAGGACUUUGGCGGAACAGCUUCCGUUUACACUGUCCAGAGUUUUCCUGUAUGAUGCCACCUUGCGAUUAAUGGCUGGUGCGGCGCCCGGAAGAACACAACAACUGCUCGACCGAAGCGUCAGGCAGAGGCACGGAAAAUCGUCCAUAAUUUGUGGGAAAGGCGACAGACAUCAGCAGGACGUUGGUAAUGAACGUCAACACGCAGCAGCCCUUUAUAUGGCAUGCAAACAUCUGCCUGGCCCUCUAUUGUCUUCACCAGGCGAAAGGGCCGGUAUGUUAGUGGAGGCUGCCAAAACUCUAGAACGGAUAGGGGAUCAAAAGUCAUUGCAGGACUGUUACAAGUUAAUGAAAACACUAGGUACAAAUGCAGUUAUAACAAAUUGACGGACUUCUCUGUAAGCGAAAACUUUUUAAUUUAUUU